AUGGCAAAAGCAGGCCAGAAGGCAAAGGCAAAGGCGCAGGCGAAGGCGAAGGCGACGGCGACGUCGUUGAUGUUUGUUUGUUUGUUGUCUCUUUCUCGAGCUGCGGUUGAAGCUGAGGGACGUCGUCUUAUUUCCUCUUUGGGAACAAGCAGAGGCCCCGGCGUCUCUUUUUCUUUUUUGGGCGGCCUUCAACUUCGACUUCAACCUCCAUCAACCUCAACCUCCAUCACAGCACAAAGCAGCGUUGACGACCAGCUGCGCCAGCUAACUAGUUAA